AUUAAUGCGUUCUUAGAAUUAUUAUUCUUUAACCAAGAGGUAUUAAAGUGACCUCAAGAUCGGAGAAUCAUGGCGGAGAUGUUGAGCAAACAAGUCAGCUGUUUGCUAAUGUCCAUGUUUGUUCUGCUGCUCAAACAGACUGGAGAAUGCUUAGCCAAUAUAGAGGUGAAGUUUGCUGGUUCUUGUGACUUCGAGACGGAUGAUCUCUGUGGGUACGUCCAGGGGGAUCGGGAUGAUUUCAACUGGAAGAGGAGAACGGGACCAACCCCAUCAAGAGGUACAGGACCAGAUUACGACCACACCCUUGGAGAAAAUGGCACUGGUCACUACGCCUUCAUAGAAGGAACAGGUGUUCACGCCUGGAAUGCGGCCCAUCUCAUUAGCCCCUCCCUUGCACCCCUCCCCACCUACUGCGUGACCUUUUUCUACCACAUGUACGGGGACGAUACCGGCGAGCUGAGCCUCCGGGUCCUCGACGAUUCCCAACCGGAGAAACUUUCCGAAGAGCUGUGGACCAUGUUAUGGGAGCAAGGGAACCAGUGGCUCAAUGUCAGCGUUGACGUACCGUGUGACCGGGGAUGCAAGCUUUCUUUCGAAGCUAAGCCUGGUAAUGGUUAUUGGUCUGAUACAGCUAUAGAUGACAUCACAGUCGUCAAUGGAAGCUGCUUCCCUAUAGAAGACUCGUCAACCGUCCGUCCUUCUACUACGACCACGGGGACAUCUACCAAAGCGUCAAAAGAAACCUCCACGUUUCACCAAUCCAUGGAGACCAGCACGCACCCCUCCCCGCAUUCAACACUCGAUUACCAGAUCAUCGAGUACAAGUACGACGAGCGAUUCAUCACCAUCAUCCUUGCCGUUGGUCUCACGUUUUGGAGUGUUGUUUUCAUCAUCAUCUUCAUCAUCUUCUGCUACUGCGACAAAAGACAAAAUGGCGGGAGACCGCGCGGGAUGCAAUAUGACGUCACAAUGGACUCGCAGCAUCCCGAAAAGAAGAGUGCAGACAUGGCGACGUACGUGGAGAUCGAUGAGCAGGAGCGAGAGCACGUCGAGUCGUUGGACGGCGGGGAUGACGAUACAGUCAAGUUAAAAGGAAGAUCGGAGGAAUUUUGUUCGGAUGAGAGUUCAUUGGAUUCAGAGAGGUACAGUGUUCCCAUCAUCACCACGCCCAAACCGCCCCGUGGGCCGUCGCCUUGUGGGUACAUGAGUUUACAGCUUGACAGUUUGAACAAUAACGGAAAUACUGAGUAUCAGCCGCUUAGUACGGUCGAUUUAACGGAAGUCCCAGCGUAACCAUGGCAAAGAAAUCACCAAGAAAAAACAUUCAUAAACCUUUAUCGUACUCUUGAUGUAAAUAUCGCGAUUUGAGAUUUGAAUUCAAGAAAAUGCUUUCAGAGAUUUAUAAAUGACUAUAUUUAUUGAUAUGAUUAUAGAAGUACUUCAUCGUCACAUGCAUUUCGUUAUCAUGUUUAUCACCAGAGAGUAUUGAUUGCAGUGUCUCCCGCCGUGACAAGAGUGGCCGACAAGUCUAUCAUUUAUAUUCACAGGACACGCAAGAUGAGGGUUUUGAUAAACCCAGAGAGCGUAUCUAUACGACGUAUACAUGACGGAUAGGACGUUUGGAUAAUAGUCGCUUUUAGAUUUGUUACGUUCGUGGCCGUAUGAGAUGUCCCGCCCCCUCCGGGGGGGGGGGGGUCAAGAUGCUUAAUUUCUUUCUAAGAAACUCGGAAGCGAGGGGAUGAGGCGACAGAGCUUGUCAUGGGGUGUUUUUGCAUUUUCUGAAGAGUGAAAUUGAAGGAUUUUAUGCACACUUUCGGUGAAUUUUUUGCAAAAUUUACAUUAAAAUAAAAAUUUUAUACUGCCCACCCCCGCUGUGUACAGCCAUUGGUACGUCGUUUCGAUGUUGGACAUAACGUAUCGUUUAGCCGAAUGGACCUUCU